GGCCGGUGAGUGGUCCUAUCUUUUCCUCACUUCAGCUUUUCCUACUCAACCACAGUAUCACUCACGGCAAAGUCCCACUUGGGACAACUCCACGCAAGAACGAGAGGGGGGGCUGGUAGCUGGGAUAGCGAAUGUUUACUUUGGGGUUGAGAGUGUCGUGCAAGUGUUGGUUUGAGUCACCCACUGAGGUGCGUAUUCCAUGAAGUAUCCUCUUGUUCUUGUCUUGUUCUCUCCACAGCUUCACAGUGCUGUGCAGGCCAAGCGCCACGUGCAUGUCCCUAUCUCUAUUCGGCCCUUCAAAUGGUCCGAUCCAUCUCCACUUUCUACAAAUUUAUGUCGGACCCUAUUUGAAGGAUGGUAUUGUACGAUUCUCUGUAUCCCACAGAAGAUAUUGAUUGCUGGCGCAAUAGUGAGCAGCCACAUUUUAUAUAGUCACGCACCAUAUCAUCUUGCUCGAAGUUCAAGCAUACGCGAGUUGUGGAUUUCGCAGAGGCCGUUGCUAGUAAGUUAGCGAACAUACCUAUUGUCCCAUCAACUCUUAUACAAUGUCCAUAGACGUACCUGAAGCGUUUCUCGAUCUCGACAAUGGCAGGACGAUGUACUA